GGCGGCGGCGGGCCCGGAAGCGGCGGCGCAGUUGGUGGCCGUGGCGGUGGCCGUGGCGGUGGCGGCGGCGGCCCCGGCAGAAGGGGCGGCGGCGACAGCGGGGCGGCUCCUCCGGGUCCUGCGUGAGGCCGGACGGGCGGGUGGCGUCGGGCGAGCGAUGCGCGGAGGCGGCUGCUUCCAGUCCGCAGACUCCUCGUGUCCGCCGAACCGGGUCGCGGCGGCGGCGGCGGCGGCGGCGGCGGCGGCGAUCCAUGGACCUUGAGAACCUCUUGGCCAACUCGCUGCUCCUGAAAGCACGCCAAGGAGGAUAUGGCAAAAAAAGUGGUCGUAGUAAAAAAUGGAGGGAGAUGCUGAAGCUGCCCCCUGUCAGCCAGUGCAGCGAGCUUAAACAUUCCAUUGAAAAGGAUUAUAGUAAUCUUUGUGACAGGCAGCCCAUAGGAAGACUUCUCUUCAGGCAAUUCUGUGAUACAAAACGUCAUCUAAAGUGGUGCAUUGAAUUCCUGGAUGCAGUGACAGAAUAUGAAGUGGCUGCUGAUGAGGACCGAAGAAAUUGUGGACUGUUAGUCUUAGAAAGAUUCUUCAGUAGUGAGAAGCUAGAAGUCCCUUUUCCAGAAAUACCUCCAAAUGUUGUGAAAGAAUGCAGACUAAGACUGAGGGGGAAUCCUUCCAAAGAAGUCUUUGAGGAGUGCUCUAGAAUUGUCCAAAACUAUUUAAGUGGAGAACCAUUUGAAGAAUACCAAGAAAGCUCAUAUUUUUCUCAAUUUUUACAGUGGAAAUGGCUGGAAAGGCAACCAGUGACAAAGAACACAUUUAGACAUUACAGAGUUCUAGGAAAAGGUGGAUUUGGAGAGGUUUGUGCCUGUCAAGUGCGAGCUACAGGAAAAAUGUAUGCCUGUAAAAAGCUAGAAAAAAAGAGAAUAAAGAAGAGGAAGGGUGAAGCUAUGGCUCUAAAUGAAAAAAGAAUCCUAGAAAAAGUGCAUAGUAGGUUUGUAGUUAGUUUAUCCUACACUUACGAAACCAAAGAUUCCUUGUGCUUGGUGCUAACCAUUAUGAACGGAGGGGACUUGAAGUUUCACAUUUACAACCUGGGAAACCCCGGCUUUGAUGAGCAGAGAGCUAUUUUCUACGCUGCAGAGCUGUGCUGUGGCUUGGAGGACUUGCAGAGGGAAAGAAUUGUGUACAGAGAUUUAAAGCCUGAGAAUAUUCUCCUCGAUGAUCAUGGACACAUCCGGAUUUCAGAUCUUGGUUUAGCCGUGGAGAUCCCAGAAGGGGAGACAACUCGAGGAAGAGUUGGAACAGUUGGCUACAUGGCUCCUGAAGUUAUCAAUAAUGAAAACUAUACAUUUAGUCCUGAUUGGUGGGGACUCGGCUGUCUGAUAUAUGAAAUGAUUCAGGGACAUUCUCCAUUCAGAAAAUUCAAAGAGAAAGUCAAACGGGAUGAGGUAGAACGAAGAGCGACGAAGGAUACUGAAGAGUAUUCGGAGAAGUUUUCGGAGGACGCCAAGUCCAUCUGCAGGAUGUUACUCACCAAGAACCCCAACCAACGCCUGGGCUGUAAGGGCGAUGGGGCAGCUGGAGUAAAGGGACACCCUGUGUUCAAGAACAUUAACUUCAAGAGGCUGGAAGCAAACAUGUUAGACCCUCCUUUCUGUCCUGAUCCGCGUGCAAUUUAUUGUAAGGACGUCCUGGAUAUUGACCAGUUCUCCACGGUGAAAGGAGUCUACUUGGACACCACAGAUGACACCUUCUACAGUCAGUUUGUUACGGGGUGUGUCUCCAUCCCCUGGCAGAAUGAGAUGAUCGAAUCAGAAUGCUUCAAGGACAUCAACGAAAGUGAGAAUGGGGAAAAUAUGGCAUUAGAUCGAAAAGAGAAAACACGUCAAGCACUUCCUAAAUCAAAGAGAGGCUUCUUCUACAGACUCCUUGUAAGAGGGGGCUGCAUUAACGCUAGCCCCAGUGAGAAGGAAGAGCUGCCCACGAGACUGUGACCACUCAUUGCACAAAGCAGGACCCCAGUGCCAAGGAGCGUGAGCUUGCAGUUUCAUCCUGUCUGUGAAUUGCAAUAAAUAACGUGACACAUCUUAAAACGUG